ACCAGUGAAACGACGUCACAUCGCACAUUUUUUACAGUACUAGGCUAGAUGCUUCAUGCUAAAAUGAGAUGAAAUUGAAGAUUGCGACAGAAACAGAGUUUUUUGUUUUACGGCAGAAAAAAUGUUUGAAUUUCAGAAAUUUGUAGUGUUAGGAAUCUUAACCUUUUUAGUCUCGUCUUCAUCAUGGCUACCGAUUUCAGAGGGAGCAAAGAAGCCAGUGGGCGUGGCAAGAAAAGAAGACAUCCCAUAUAUUAAAUGUCAGGUCUGUGAGAAGCUGGCAAGUCAGCUAUACCACCAAGUUCUCAGCAAACAAUCCGAGAUCUCACCCAAUAAGAUUUCAGAGUAUCAGAUAAUAGAGCUUUCAGAGAAUGUCUGCAAUCUGAAGAAGCAGGAAGCUGAUUGGAUUCUCAAAAUUGAUAUUGUAGAACAGGGAGAUAGGUUAGAGCUUGUUGAACAAGAUGCAGAAGGACAAUGUAAUUCAGAGUGCAAAACUAUUGAACAUGCAUGUCAAGAGGUUAUGGGCUUCUCUGACACCGACGUUGCAGAAUAUAUAUACACACACAAACCCAAUCUUGAUUCUCUGGUUAAUUUCCUCUGCAAGGACUUGACCAAAGCAUGUCGUAAGAAGCCACCUCCAAUCCCCAAGGAUAGAACUCCAGGGGAACCAUUUGUUCCAAAAUCAUCAAAAGAAGCAGAAAUGGAAAAGCUGUUGAGAUCCAUGCAGGGCAUGCCAGGAGCGCCUGGAAUGAAAAUGUAUUCAAGGGAAGAUCUGAUGAACCAAAACAUAGGUGAUGAAGAUGCAGACGAAGACGAUGAUGACGAGGAUGACUUCCCAAAGAACUUAGGUAAAGCUCUUAAUAAAGGAAAAGAAACAAAGAAGAUAGAUUGGAAGGAGAAUGUCAUCAAAAGAUUUCAAGAAGCAAGCAAAACCGUGAAGAGACAUGCAAACACAGUCUCUUACAGGUUAAGGAAGUGGUGGAAAUCAAAGAAGGAAGAACUACAGAAGAGGUCGAAGUCCAGCGAGACUGAGCUGUAGUAGAGUGACUAGAGUUUGGCCAUCAAUGAUGUGAGAUGGAGAUAAAAAUGAACUGCAGGUGUAAUUAUUUCUAUAUUUUAUGUUUUCUGCUCAACAUAAAAUAUAGUCGGAGCAUUUUUUUUAACCUUUAUCCGGACAACUAUGCACAUUUCAAUGUUUUUCCUUCUAUCAAAUCACUUCAUUGUUCAGACAAUGGAAUUCAUUGUUGUGGUAAGAGCAAAUGAAUCUUUGUAAAUGUCUAAAAUCAAAAUAGAAGUGGAAGUACGACCUAUGAAGCAAUGAUUUAA